CAGGGAGUUCUGUACAUUUCCAUGUUGUUUCUUGAUGGCUCCAGUGCUGGGCAUUUGAAAACUUUAAACCCCAAAAAUAGCACUUUCUGCUUCUGGACUAGAUCCAUAUCAGAUGGCCAAACGCGUUAUGUAUUUCUCCAAAAGACUCAGACAUCUCUUCUUCUGUAUGACAGCAUCUGGAACAAAAACAACAGCCUUUUCAGUUGCAUAACAAGCAAUCAACGAUCUGCUAUUAAGAGUUACGUGUCCAGGUGUUGGGAUUUAAGAAGCAGCUCUUUUUCAGAGAGCCCUGAUGUACGCUUUAACAUCAGACAACUGGUUAAACCUGAUGGCCCUUGUCAGACUGCACAUAUUUUAAUGGGAAUUUCAGAAUCUGUACAUAAGGCCAGAGACCUGAGGAGUGUUGACCCUGAUGGAUCUGUGCAACAGGACAACGGAAAGAGUUCAGAUCUGAAGCUUCGUCGCUCAAAGCGAGCAUGGAUGAUUCCAGGAACUGUAUGGUGUGGCUCUGGAAAUCAGGCAUCUAACUUUUCAGACCUGGGUGUGUUUGAAAAAACCGAUAAAUGUUGCAGAGAACACGACCACUGUAAGGAGACUAUUGCAUCUUUUUCAUUUGACCAUGGAGUCUUCAACACAAACAUAUUCACUUUAUCUCACUGCGACUGUGAUAACAGGUUCCGCCAUUGUCUCUUGGGGGUUAAUAAUACUGUGUCCAACAUUGUGGGCUACGGCUACUUCAACCUGCUGAAGAUGCGCUGCUUUGAGUUCUCGGAUAGGAUGCAGUGUGCAAGAAGAACAUGGUGGGGCAGGUGCAUAUUUUCUAAACUCACACAAUAUGCGGUGAUCAAAGGUCCAACAAACUACACCGACGCAUUCCCUGAAACAGACGAAUAUAUUCUGGAAAUGAGCUUUCGUCAGACGAUCACGCUCGAUGACAAUCAGGUCACCAAAAACUCUGAAGCAUCCUUGUCCAUACAAGCCAAUGAUUCCAGGAGCAACAGUGAAGCGCCGAGUCCGGUUUCUGCAUUACCAGAGCCAUCUGUUACAACACUGUGGUCCCGGAAAUCGGAACCUUCCAUAUUACCAACAGACACACCAAAGACAACACUUCCCCAGUAUACAUGGGACAGACUGCAAAAAGGCAAGUUUGAGGUAUGUGACAGCUAUAGAGACCUGGAUUCAUGCCAUCUACAGAUCCCUGCUUUACAGGAGAAAUUUGGUCUACGAAACCCCGACGUCAGAACCAUGUAUCACUGCAAUUGUACAGAAAGGCUCGCCCAAAAAAUCUUCAAUAUGGAUGAGGUUGGUCCUGUGCAUUUUUUGUUAAUGGACUUUGUGUCACAAUCCUGCUUUAUCCUCCCUCAGUCUGAGAACUGUGCGGAAAGAACUAGUUGCUCUGACUCUCAAGCAGAAGCGCCAGUUAUCCAGCACUGGAGGAAAGGCGUGACGCAAGUGCGACAUCUAGUGGACUUCAAUCGCAACUUCAAAAGGAUGAACCUCAAACGCUCCAAGAGAAAAGACUCCGCAGUCAAAUUACGCAAGAAAUGCCUCAGGAUGCACACAAAACUACACAGAACUCGAGUUACUGAACAACAACUUUUUUAAAUACCAUAUACAAUAUACAAUAUAAAACUUAUAGAAUUUAAUAACAAUAAAUGUGGGGAGAA